CUUGGGGCUAACCACAACAGUAUUCACUUCUAGACCGACUAUCUGAUCAUAUGAAUGACUACUUUGCUCUUGACAUUCAUAAUCUUGUUCAGUUAGUUUUUAGAGAUUGUAAUAUUUUAUUCAUCUCGAAAAUAUUGAUUUUCUAAGAAGGAGAGAUGAACAAGAUCGCGCUAAUCGGAUCGAUCGUGGUCAUCACUUUUGCCACUGUUUUUGCGCGUGAUUUGCCCGAUUUCAUUCACGUUUGCAAGAAGAACGAUCCAAAUUUGAGCGAAUGUAUCACGGACAGCGUGAAUUAUCUUAAACCUUACUUAAAAACCGGAUUACCCGAAUACAAUAUACCCGCCUUGGAACCAUUUUUGUUGAAGGAAUUGGUAACCACGAGUGGAGGAAACAUUAAAUUGAAGCUGAGAAACGUCAAUGUAUAUGGAGCAAGUAAUUUCACGAUAAUGAAGUUGAAAAGCAACGUAGAAACUUUAAAUUUCAUAGUCGAUUUGGAUUUUUCAAAACUCAAUAUAAAAGGGGAAUACGAUGUUGAUGGACAAAUAAUUCUGCUACGAAUUCGUGGAAGCGGACCUAUAAUUGGCCAGUUCAACAAUUGCAAGGCAUUUGUGAAAUUGCAAAUGGAGGUGACAAAGGGAAAGGAUGAUCAGAAUUACUUAAAACUGACCGAUCUUCAAACCAAGAUCUUCGUUGGAUCUGGCUCCUUGAAGUUGGAAAAUCUUUUCGGUGGUGAUCCAGUUCUUGGAGAUGCUAUCAACGUUGCCAUCAAUAGUAAUUUCGAUUCUUUUAUACAAGAAAUAAUACCUAUUAUCGAGAGCGCCAUCUCAAAUACAUUUACUGAUAUUUCGAACAGUAUUCUGAUGCAAUUCCCUUAUGAGAAACUUUUCCCAGGAUCAUAGAUAUUUUUAGAUAACGUGGAUCAAAAUCUUGUUGAACGAUUGGAUU